AUGCUGUGCUCUCACAGACUCCAGACUCGCCUCAGUCCUUUCAUGGACUUCUACGUGCCUGUACGCAGCCUGUGGCCCGAGGUCAGACCUCUGCUUUACCAUCCAGAUCUACUGCAGAGAACCCUACAGGAGACCCAGCACAGUCUGGAAGCUAUGGACAAGCUUCAAUGCAACAUCCUGAAAAAGACGGAGAAUUCCCAAAGUGGUGUGGCUGUGAUUCCUGUGUCCUACCAGAUGAAGGAAGAAGGAAAGCUCUUUGGCCUGACUCUGGACACCCGAGGCUUUGCCCCAGAGGAGCUGUCUGUCAGACAGGUGGGCAGGAAGCUUAGAGUCAGCGGUAAGACGGAGAAAAAGCUGGAGGAUGAGAAAGGCUGCUGCUCCUACACACUCCAGGAGUUCAGACGGGAGUUUGAUCUGCCUGAAGGCCUGGACCCUGAAGCUGUCAGCUGCUGCCUGGAUCCAAAUGGGAGGCUCCACAUUCAGGCAGCCAAAGCUCCAUGUGUAGAGGAGGCCGAGAGAGAGCUGACUAUCAAGAGGAGCCUGGAGGAGAAACCACAUCAGAGUGUGUGUUCACACACUGAAGACAACAGCAGCACAGCGACACACAACAGCCCACAAGACAAACCUGCAAACAUUGACUCAAACUAA